AUGUUUUUAGCAUUCUUUUUCGAAGAAUAUUAUGAAAAGAACUCAAAACCUUAUGAUGAGGAUCAUGUGUAUGAAAUUCGUGUGCUGCCUUAUGAUUUGGAUAUGAACUUUCACUUAAAUAACGCCCAGUACUUUAGUUUUAUGGAACAUGCACGAUUUGAUAUGAUUUUACAGCACGGAAAUGUUUUCAAUCGGUGCAGAAAAGCAGGCUUUGGAUGGGUGGUUGCUGGUGUUAGCUUUCAAUUUAGACGCUCUGCUAAAUUGUUUGAAAAGGUAAAAAUUGUCACACGAGUAGCAUGUGCAGAUGAAAAGUGGUUAUAUGUUGAGCAAAAUCUCUAUGUUAAGGAUAAGUUCAUUGGAAGAGGAAUUGUGAGAAUGUGCACUGUAGAUAAAAAGGGAGCAGUACCAACUAAACGAUAUUUUGAAGAGAUUCUAGGAGUAGAUUGGAACAGCGCGGACGCAAAGUAUAGAAUGACAAGAGAGGACUACAGAAAAUACAUGACAGCUCUUAAUGACAGCAUGGAUGGUAAUACAUCUUCGGACAAAAAAGAUUCUUUGGUUGAUGAUGUCAUGCCACGAGUGAGUAGUUUCGUAUUCCAUGAUGAAACUCUCAAAGAGAAACAAAAUUAA